AUGGAUGACGCCGAAAGAGGCGGUGGCGGUCUUCUACUUCUACUGCCGCCGCCGCCGCCUCGGGGCGAUGCUGGGUCCGAGGAUGGGGCUGUGGACGCCACAGACGCCGACACCGCCGAUAAUGAUGAAGGUGUUGGCGAUGAUGAUGCUGAUGACGCGAAUGAACCAAAGCCCAACUCUGCUGUUGCUCCUCCCCGGACGACAGCUGCUUGCCCAAUCGACCUCAGCAGCAGCAGCGACAGCCGAAAGAGCAAAACGGCCAACACGCGUGAAAGAGAAGCAACGCUCGGGGAGAGCAGAAGUCGUCUCCAUAGAAUCGGCUCGCUGCUGACACUCGCCGUGCUCAUGUACCAGUUGCAGCAGUUCGCCCACCCCGGCAGCGGUGGCAUCGAAGCCGCCCCAACCCCUUCGCCAUUGCUCAAUGCCACAUACCUUGCCCCACCACCAGACUUGCUUAAGCGCCUCCAAAAGCGGCACAAUCUUGGCAAUUUUCGGCAGCGCUUCCAGAGGGAGCUCAACGGCAGCAUCACCCGUGUGGACUGGGAAAACACGUGCGGGGGCAACUGGACGGGACCUGAGGACUGGGUCCGUCCGGCCAAACGCUGCAAAAAGAGGCAGUUGGUUAUCCACGCUCUGCAGAACCACACCAGGAGCGAGCUGCGAAGCCUGCGGGCAGAGAACAAGGACACGGCCACCACUAAGGCCAUCGAUAUCUCGCAGCAACGCAAGUGGGCUCUCCACAGUGGAACCUACAAGUUUCUGCCACGGCUCAACGCUAGUAGUCACCAGAAAACUUUUCAUCCUCACACAUCGCACAUCUCGUAA